AUUAUCUUAAGUAAGUUAAUACUUUUGAAUCACAACUUUUAAGUAUAUAUGAACAUAUACGUCUAUGUAAUUAUAUUUCUGAUAAAGUGAAGUAAUUGAAAAUUACAUAGAUUAAAUAAUGAAUAACAAGGCAAUCAUGUUGAAAUAUAAAAUAUUUUCAAAUGUAUGAGAUUCGCUAGAUUAAUAUAGUGAUAAUUAUCUUUAAAACUUUUGUUGCUAUCCAGAUUAUGUUAGUGGCUGGUAUUGUGGAAAAGCUAUUCAUUGAAAAAGAUCUAGAAACAAAAAACUUGCAGGAACGCUUACGUGACGCGGAAUCUAAUUUGAUAAUAGUAACUCGUGAUAGUGAUAUAAGUUUAAAUAAUUUAAAAAUUCAAUUGAAUGAAAAGUACAAGACAAUUCAAGAAAUAGAGCAGCAAAUGGUUAAUCUACAAAAAGAAUCAAUAGAGAAGCAAAUUGUCUUAACAGCAGAAGUGACAGAAAGAAACGAAAUAGUAACGUCUCUGCAAAAACAAGUAACUAUGUUACAAGAGCAAUGUCGUUCUACAAACAUGCAAAUUCAUUUUAAAGAAGGCAUUAUUAAAGAAAUGCGAAGAAAAUUAAGACGAGCUAAGUUUCUAUAUUCUAACUUCUUUCCUUAUAUUUAUAAUCGUUAUGACAAAGUUACUAUUGAGAAUCAAGAAAAGGAAUCUUUUUAUAAAUUAUGUGAGAAAAUUAUAAUACCAAAAAUGAUGUAUACAUCUGCUGAGCACAAUAAUGAUUCGUUUUUGCAAACUUACAUUAACAAUAUUUUAAAUCAUAAUAAAUUAACAAAAGAUGUAUCUAUAAUGAAAACAAAACACAAUAAUUUAAAAACAAAAAUAAUAAAUUGUCAUAAGAAUAUUGAAUAUAAUAAAAUUGAUAUGUAUAAGAAUUUUCAUGAUAUUGAUAAAAAGAUCUUGAAAUAUAGCAAAAAGCUACCAUCUGUUAAUACACACAAAUAAUUAUUGAACAACAAAGAUACUCCUAUUUUCGAAAAAUCUGUUAUUAAUAAUAUAUUAUAUAUUAUAUGUAAAGUUGGUCCCUUUUAUAUUAUAUUUCAAUAUGAUUGCCUUUUAUUUCUAACAUUUACAUCAAAAUAAUCAAUAUUUCAUUUGCAUUUAACAUAUUUCUUGCUUAUACUUUUCUUCACA